CGACAGCGGAGGCGAACGUACGUCUUGCCCGUUCCGCAAAUCGAUUUGAAAAUCGACUUCCACACUACCACCGUCCGUUUUAUGUAAAAAUGUGCGCGUAUUCUUAACGACCUUGAUAUUCCUUUUACAAAAUAGAUUUUAAAAACAAGCAAAUAUAUUCGGUCAAAGUUUGUUUAUCGGUUCGCGUGUUAUUAAACGAGUGACAGUAUUAAAUGAAUAGUAUUUUUGUAUACCUUUAUGAACUAAGUGCUUAGUGUUUGUGAUAUUUAUGGAAAUAAGUUGUGUUGUGUACGUGGCGUUGGCUUGUACAAGUUUUGUAACACAGUGAUGGAUUAAAGUAAAAAGUUCUCCAGCAAACGUGUAUUAUGUCGAAGACGCUCAACGCCUACAGAAUAAAGAAGAUCGAAUCGCUGGGCAGGAUGACAGCGAUGUCGCAGGAGGAAAUGGUGGCGGGGGCCCGCACGGUGGCCGCGGGGCUCGAAGCACUGCGCGCCGAGCACGCUCAGCUGCUCGCUGGGCUAGCUGCCAACACAGAGCACGAACACGAGAAGGCAUCCCUCGUCCGCAAGAGCAUCGACGCUAUUGAACUCGGACUGGGCGAGGCGCAGGUGAUGAUGGCACUAGCCUCUCACCUCCAAGCGGUGGAAGCGGAGAAGCAGAAGCUCCGGACACAGGUGCGCCGGCUGUGUCAAGAGAACGCCUGGCUGCGCGACGAGCUGGCUGCGGCCCAGCAGCGGCUGCAGGCGUCGGAACAGCGGGUCGCCCAGCUGGAGGAGGAGAACAAACACCUGGACUUCAUGGCUUCUAUUCGCAAAUACGACAGUGACGUGACGGAGGAGUCUGAGAACAACCGCAGCACGACCGGCGACAACAAGCGCGAUGACCCCAUGGUCGACUUGUUCCCUGAUGAUGACCACGACGACAACAGGAAUAACAAAUCAAUGUCCCCGACACCGCCGUCACAGUUCGCGCAGCAAGUGAACGCGGGCUACGAGAUCCCGGCGCGCCUGCGCACCCUGCACAACCUGGUGAUCCAGUAUGCGUCGCAGGGCCGCUACGAGGUGGCCGUGCCGCUGUGCAAGCAAGCGCUCGAGGACCUGGAGAAGACUUCUGGUCACGACCACCCCGACGUGGCCACGAUGCUCAACAUACUCGCCUUAGUCUACAGGGAUCAGAACAAAUACAAGGAAGCGGCCAACCUGUUGAACGACGCUCUCUCCAUCCGCGAGAAGACGCUGGGAGAAAACCACCCCGCCGUCGCGGCCACACUGAACAACCUCGCUGUGUUGUACGGGAAACGAGGCAAGUACCGCGAGGCUGAACCGCUGUGUAAGCGUGCGCUGUGCAUCCGCGAGGCCGUACUGGGCCGCGACCACCCCGACGUGGCCAAGCAGCUCAACAACCUGGCGCUGCUCUGCCAGAACCAGAACAAAUAUGAAGAAGUGGAGCAGUACUACCAACGCGCCUUGGAAAUCUACGAGAGCAAGUUAGGCCCCGACGACCCCAACGUGGCCAAGACCAAAAAUAACCUCGCAUCCUGCUACCUCAAACAAGGAAAGUACAAGGAAGCAGAGACCCUGUAUAAGCAAGUACUGACACGAGCACACGAGAGGGAGUUCGGAACUAUCGACGGUGACAACAAGCCCAUCUGGCAGGUCGCCGAGGAGCGCGAAGAGAACAAACAUCUGCAAAAGGAGAACGCGCCCUAUGGCGAAUAUGGUGGUUGGCAUAAGGCAGCCAAGGUGGACUCACCCACAGUGACGACGACUCUAAAGAACCUAGGCGCCCUGUAUCGGCGCCAGGGCAAGUAUGAGGCGGCCGAGACGCUCGAGGACUGCGCGCUGCGCAGCCGGAAGGAGGCAUUGGACAUCGUGAAACAGUCACGCGCCCGCGCCGGGCGGCACGGGAGCCGCGAGUCGAUCGACACGCAUGCAGACCACCACGACGAGGGCACGAACCAAGCGGCUGAGCCCCGUAUGAACUUAAAAUCCAAGCUGUUCAAUGCACUAGGCAUCAACACCAGCAACUCCGCGCCACACCAGUAGUAUUAAGUCUAGCUAUGUACGCCUCUGUUAUAAGACUCACUCGCUUCAACGCGUAAAUGGUUCUUUUACCUCGGUGCAAGAUUUUAUUAUUAUUUUGGUGCUCAUAAAUACACUUCUCAUCAAAACAAUUGAAACACCUCGCUAGUUUAUGUUAAAAAAAAAUACGAAAAGAAAAAAGAAAAAGAAAGAGGUACAGUUAUUAUGAAUAAAAAAAAUAAAGUUAUAUUACACUCGGUUUUAAUUUUUAAACAAUGUUCCAAAUUCAAAUUUGAAUAUACACGAAUUUUGUUGAACGAAAAUUCGGAAGCGUUUUUUUUUUAUGAGGUGUUAUUUAUUAUACUGGUGCCGAUUUCGGCAGACACACUUAUUUUAGUAUAACAUCCCCUAAACUAAUUCCGUCCUUCACGUAGGAUACGUGGCAGAAAAGGACAGAUCUAGGUCAAGAACUGUUAAACUAAAUUAAAAAAUAAGUUUGGUGUAUCGGCACCUUGCCUUGAAUCAGCUGAAAGCAUCAUACUCCAUCAUUGAUUAGUGCAAUAAACUGUAACGGCACAAAACACAGAUUAUCAAAGGUAACUGUCAAAAGUUGCUCAGUCUCUCCGCUUGGCGAGUUUUGUACGUACAUGUGGCGCCACUAGCGCAUGUAGUAAAUUUUAUUGUCUGUGUAAAAUUAUAAAAUAUAAUCGAGAUUAUUCAACGGUUUAUCUUAUGACAAUCUGUGUUAAUUAGUCAAAGACAAGACUACAGUUUAUUUUAAAAAAAGAUAUAAUUUUGUACCGAGACGACGUCGCUCACUUAUUAAUGAGAAUCAUUUACGUUACACUUAAAUGGCCGGUCUUUUUGAACAUUGUAAGUUUGUAGUACCUAACGGUAUUAGCAUUUUUUUAUAUGAGAAGCUAUAAAAAAUACUUCCACCUACCCACAGUGGAGCAGCGUGGUGGAGUAUGCUCCAUACCCCUUCCGGUUGAUUAAGGGGAGGCCUGUGCCCAGCAGUGGGAUGUAUAUAGGCUGUUUAUGUUUAUGAGAAGCUAUGCAACGUGGUUCUAAAAAUAUAAUAUACAGAGACUUUUUUAUGUCGGAAAAGAUGCGUUGCUAGUUUUUAAUAAUCACGGAAUUAUUAUUCCGAAAUCACCUUAUGUCAUCCAAAAAUUUAUUCUAUUAAUUUUGUCACUAACAUUUACAAGUUGAAAAAAUGCAAAAAGACCGGCAAAAUUGCUUAGUAUUAUUUAUUAGAUAGCAUGCAAUAAGAGUAAAUUAUACGUUAUACGAUAAAUAAAAAAAAAACGAUAAAAAAAAUACAAAAUGUGUGAUAGAACGCAUGAGAGCCGUCCCGAGAAAUUAUAUUUAAAAAAGAAACAUGGCGGCAAAAGUAAUUUUGAAAUUUUGACAUCACAGUCUUAAGAGUUACAUUUUAUUUAUUAACUAAUAGGGAUAAUUCAAACCACAUGAACGAAAUGAAGCGAUCGAAACAACACGGUGUUUUUUGUUGAUGCAAUUUUUUUUGGUGAUUUGUAUUUUUAUAUUUCUCACCUAUAUUUUUUUCUACAUUUUAAGUUUCUCUAAUGGCUUUGAAUUAUUCCGUUAAUUGUAGGUUUUUUUUAGUGAGAAUUUUAAGAUCCAUACCCAAUUCGAUAUUUUGUAUUCACAUUUUUUGUUAACUAUGGAAAGAUAUAUAAAAUAUCAUAAUUUUCACUGAAUU